AUGGACUCACUUCUUGGUCGAGCCAGUAACUGUUCACGGAGGUGGAACAAGGAACGUCACAAGGUGGAACAAGGAACGUCACAAGGUGGAACAAGGAACGUCACAAGGUGGAACAAGGAACGUCACAAGGUGGAACAAGGAACGUCAAAAGGUGGAACAAGGAACGUCACAAGGUGGAACAAGGAACGUCACAAGGUGGAACAAGGAACGUCACAAGGUGGAACAAGGAACGUCACAAGGUGGAACAAGGAACGUCACAAGGUGGAACAAGGAACGUCACAAGGUGGAACAAGGAACGUCACAAGGUGGAACAAGGAACGUCACAAGGUGGAACAAGGAACGUCACAAGGUGGAACAAGGAACGUCACAAGGUGGAACGUCACAAGGUGGGAACGUCACAAGGUGGAACAAGGAACGUCACAAGGUGGAACAAGGAACGUCACAAGGUGGAACAAGGAACGUCACAAGGUGGAACAAGGAACGUCACAAGGUGGAACAAGGAACGUCACAAGGUGGAACAAGGAACGUCACAAGGUGGAACAAGGAACGUCACAAGGUGGAACAAGGAACGUCAAAAGGUGGAACAAGGAACGAGGAAGCUAA